AUGCAAGCAAAAGCAAGAGAGAGCAGAGACAGAAAAUAAUCGGCAGCCGCAGCCAUGAUGUCCGCAAUGGUGGAUCCCCACGACAAGAUGAGAAGCAGAGACAUGAACAAGGUUGCCAGAGGAGAGCAAGCUCCCAAGCCUACUCAUGAGUUCGGUACGGUCUCUCCUCCCCCUCAAAACUACAAACCGAAGUCGUCUUCCCCGUCCUCUCCUCCUCUCAACAAAGAAAUCGGGGACAACAACGUGAAGGUUGAAGACCGGCAAACAAAGCCCCAAACUCGCCAUUGUUGUGCAAGUUAUGUGGAAUAUCACAAGUGCGUAAAAGAGAAGGGGAAUAAUGCACCUGGAUGUGAGAGGUUUGCAAAGCAUUACAAGUCCCUGUGUCCAAAUGAAUGGAUUGAUCGGUGGGAUCGAGAAAGAGAACUUGGAACGUUCCCUGCUCUUUAGAAGAAGAAGAAGAAGAAGAAAGAUGCAAUUUUGCAGAAGAAACCAGUAGUUAAAAUUGAAGCUCGUGUUAGGCACUCUGUUCGUCUUAAUUCAUGUUAAAUUGUAGCUUAAAAACUCCUUACAUGAUUGUUAUGAAUAAUUUUCGCUGCUGAAU